AAGUUCCGGGAAUCAUGCUUGCCAGCGUGAAGCUCGCCACCAGGCUUGUGUCACACCAUCCUUGGCACUAUUGUCACCGAAGUGUAACCAGAUUAAGUGUGCAUGAAGUGCUCACCGGCCAUAAUGAAGACAAAAAGAAAGUGAAAAUUCAGGGUUGGGUGCGCUCUGUCCGAGCCCAGAAAGAAGUUUUGUUCCUUCAUGUCAAUGACGGAUCUUCUCUGCAGAACCUUCAGAUCGUGGCUGAGCCCAGCCUCAAACACAGCUCCAUCAGUUUCGGCAGUGCAGUGGAAGUGUCGGGGGAUCUGGUGAGGAGUGUGGGCGCCAAACAGAGUGUGGAGGUCAAGGCAGAAGACAUUCGAGUGGUUGGAGAAUGUGACACCACAGAUUUUCCGUUUAAGAUUAAAGAGCGCCACCCCCCAGAAUAUGUGCGUCAGUUUCCUCACCUGCGCUGCAGGACCAACACGUUUGGAUCCUUGCUGAGAAUCCGCAGUGAAGCCACGGCAGCAAUCCACGAGUAUUUCAAGAGUAAUGGUUUCAUUCACAUCCACACCCCUAUAAUUACCUCUAAUGACUGUGAGGGAGCGGGAGAGCUCUUCCAGGUCCAGGCUGGAAGUAAGGACCCUGCUCCAGGAGAAGAUGGCGGAUUUUUCGGGGUUCCAGCGUUCCUUACUGUAUCUGGUCAGCUACAUCUGGAAAUUAUGUCAGGCGCGUUCACAAAAGUGUUCACCUUUGGGCCGACGUUUAGAGCUGAGAAUUCGCAGACUCGGAGACAUUUGGCGGAGUUUUACAUGGUAGAAGCCGAAAUUUCCUUUACGGAGAGUCUCGAGGACAUCAUGCAGGUGAUGGAGGACCUUUUUAAAAGAACGACCUCGUCAUUGCUGGAUAAAUGCGCUGAAGAUUUGUCCCUCUUCUUCAAACACGUCUCCCCAGGACAGAAAGACAGAAGUGAGAAGCUAAUAAAGAACAAAUUUAUUGUAAUGUCUUAUACAGAAGCAAUAGAGAUUCUACGGAGAGCUCCGGUUGCCUUCCAGUACAGCACAGAGUGGGGUUGUGAUCUACAGACGGAGCAUGAGAAAUAUCUGGUCAGACAUUGUGGGGACGUCCCGGUAUUCGUCAUCAACUAUCCGUAUGACCUGAAACCUUUCUACACCCGUGACAAUGAGGACGGGCCUCAGCGCACUGCGUCCGCAGUGGAUCUUCUGGUUCCAGGAAUAGGGGAGCUGUUUGGGGGCAGUCUGAGAGAGGAGAGACUUCACAUCCUGCAGUCACGUCUUGACAGGUUAGGACUCACCGACACAUACCAGUGGUACCUCGAUCUGCGCAAAUUUGGGUCCGUCCCGCACGGUGGUUUCGGCAUGGGGUUUGAACGCUACUUGCAGUGCAUCCUGGGAGUUGACAACAUAAAGGAUGUCAUACCCUUCCCAAGGUUCCCCUACUCGUGCCUCUUAUGAGGCUGAGCAUUGGCCGGACACACUGGACUUUCCUAACAGACGCAGCUCGGGCACAAUGCAAAGGGAUGGCGAGCU